AUGGAUCCUACCAAACCCACCGACCGUAGCUCGUCGGAGCGCACGCCUCUGCUCAACGGCGAGGGCGGCUCCAAUGCCGGCGCCGGCGCCGCGACUGGCCGCGGUCGUCACCACCGUCCGACUGGCGGCUCCAACCUCAAGCACUUCUUGCUCAACCAUCGCUACACCCCCGGUACCGAGCACGACAGCAUUGUGGUGCGCAGCGCUGCCUACACCUGGCACGUCGCCAAGGUGACUCUUCUCAGUAGCUAUGUCAACUUCCUCCUCGUCAUGGUUCCCGUUGGCAUCAUUGCCGGCAUCCUCGACUGGAAUCCCACCGCCGUCUUCACCAUCAACUUCUUCGCCAUUAUCCCGCUUGCUGCCGUCCUCUCUUUUGCCACCGAGGAAAUCGCCCACAAGCUCGGCGACGCUCUCGGCGGCCUUCUCAACGCCACCUUUGGCAACGCCGUGGAACUGAUUGUCAGCAUCGCUGCCCUUCGCGACGGCCAGAUUGAAGUUGUCCAGUCCUCCAUGCUCGGCUCCAUCCUCUCCAACCUGUUGCUCGUCAUGGGCAUGUGCUUCCUCUUUGGCGGCCUCGUUCACCGUGGCACUAACGGCAACGGCACCGAGCAGACCUUUUCCGCCGCCGUAGCCCAGACCACUUGCUCUCUCAUGGCCCUCUCCUCGGCCUCGCUUGUCCUCCCUGCCGCCCUCUACGCUGUCAUGGACCAAAGCGGUUCCACCGCCAAGCGCGAGUCCAUUCUCGUCUUCUCCCGCGGCACCGCCAUCAUCCUGCUCAUCCUCUACGUCCUCUACCUGAUCUUCCAGCUGCGUACCCACAGCAACCUCUUCGACAUCGAGUCUCCUUCUAACAUUGCCGCCGACGCCGCCGGUGCCGAUGACGAGACUACCCAGACACCCGAGACCGAAGCCGCCGAUAAUGAAGAGGAAAGUGAGCCUGUCAUGGGCCCCAUUGCCGCCCUUGGUGUCCUUGUCGUCGUCACCAUCCUCGUCGCCAUUUGCGCCGACUACCUCGUCGGCAGCAUCGACGACAUUGUCGCCGCUACGAACAUGAGCAAGGCAUUCAUCGGUCUUAUCCUCCUACCCAUUGUCGGUAAUGCCGCCGAGCACGUAACGGCUGUCGUUGUCGCCGUUCGCAACAAUAUGGAUCUUGCUAUGAGUGUGGCCAUUGGAUCCAGCAUUCAGAUUGCUCUCGGCGUCACCCCGUUCCUGGUUCUCGUUGGCUGGAUCAUGGACAAGGACAUGACGCUACGCUUCGAGACUUUCCAAACUGUGUCGUUUGCGGUCUCGGUUCUCGUCGUCACAUACACUGUCCAGGACGGCAAGUCCAACUACCUCGAAGGCGCCAUGUUGAUUGGUCUUUACACCAUUAUUGCCGUUGCCUUUUACGCUACCCCUGGCGACGCCAUGGACACCGUCAUGACCCUCAUCGCUGGCAAAUAG